AUGACGCACGAAACCGGUUCAGGUUCGAUAAUCAUAUCGAGUACCACGGACUCCAGAGCCAAUGGAGGUGCGAGCGUUGACAAUAGCAUAGCUAAACCCAGCAAUGGCGAUAUCAACCCUCACAAUGAGAAUGCAAUGGGAAGCAGUAUCCACAUCUGCUUUCCUGGAGGUAUCGAACGAUGGAAGGAUUCGGUGAACCAGAUCACCGAGCGCUGCGACGUGAGCGGUCUAGCAACCGACCCCACGAGAUAUCAGCUUGCAUCAACGGGAUUUGGGGACGCGAGCACCGUCUACAGGCAGCGGUUCAUGGCGGUCCCUAGCGAGGUAUACUCCGCGUUACAAGAGCUGUGUGUUGAACGCCAUGUUAGCGUGAGAUCCGUCAUUCUUUUUGCGAUCCACCAGAUGCUGAAAGGUUUUGGUAAUGGAUCACAAACCAUUACCGCCUCUCUGCACCUCGAGGGGAACUCCCAGGAUUCUCGGCCUUCGUGGGCGGUGUCGCCCAUAUUCGUCAGCCAUGAGAACAGAGGCGAAUGCUCCGUUGCGCAGGCGAUUGAAAGCAUUGAAGCGGUGCGCAGUUCGAAGAAGCUGUCCACACACACGAUCGACAAAGCGUCAAGUCUCGUGAAUUUGGGGUUGUUUGACUUACUUGUCGUCUUCGCCAAGGCAAACGAUGCUCAUCUUCUGUUAUUUGACUUCCCCCUGGCAGUUAUGGUGGAUGAGAGUGAAGCUGGACUCCAGCUCACACUGCGCUUUUCCGACUGUCUUUUCGAUGAGGAGACAAUAUGUAAUUUCACAGAUGCCCUUAACAUCUUGAUCGCUAAAGCAGCGACAGGAGGAGCGACGCUAGUUACCGAUAUUGAACUCCUGUCGUUAGAGCAACAGCAGCAGCUGGAGGAAUGGAAUAACACGGACGGCGAGUACCCAGCAUGCAAGCGACUGCAUCAUCUGAUUGAAGAAGAGGCGGAACGCCAAGAAGGCAAGGUCGCCGUGGUUUGCGAGGAGCGAAAGAUCACCUAUGGCGAGCUCAACACCCAGGCAAACCGUCUCGCACGCUAUCUUCACUCUACAGGCAUCCAGGCCGAGCAGAUCAUCGCAUUGUUUCUCGAUAAGAGUGAAAUGCUCAUUGUUACCAUUCUGGGUGUGUGGAAAUCUGGCGCGGCCUAUGUGCCCAUUGACCCGACGUAUCCAGAUGAGCGAGUCCGUUUCGUGCUGGAUGACACCGAGGCACAGGUCAUCAUCGCCAGUAAUCGGCACGCCGAAAGGCUUGAGCAACAGAUCGUCGGCGAUAGGAAACUCUGCAUUAUUCACCUGGAGCCAUUGCUCACAUUCCUCGCUCAAGAUACCUCGAAAUUCCCAGCGCACAACUUGGAUGACCUCCCUCUCACAAGCAGGCAACUCGCCUACGUGACAUACACGUCUGGAACUACAGGGUUCCCCAAGGGUAUCUUUAAACAGCACACGAACGUGGUCAACAGUAUCACCGACCUGUCUGCCCGUUAUGGGGUGGCCGGGAAACACCACGAAGCAAUUCUGCUCUUCUCGGCCUACGUUUUCGAGCCAUUCGUACGCCAAAUGCUCAUGGCACUAGUAAAUGGCCAUCUCCUGGCCAUUAUCAAUGACGCGGAAAAGUAUGACGCGGACAAAAUCCUUCCCUUCAUUCGCAGACACAACAUCACCUACCUCAAUGGUACUGCCUCUGUCCUACAAGAAUACGACUUCUCCUACUGCCCAUCCCUGAAGCGAAUGAUUCUGGUGGGUGAAAACCUAACAGAAGCCCGGUACCUGGCCCUGCGCAAGCGAUUCAAGAACCGCAUCCUUAACGAGUAUGGAUUCACCGAGUCUGCCUUCGUAACAGCCCUCAAGAUCUUUGAGUCCGACUCAACUCGCAAAGACACCAGUCUGGGAAGACCUGUGCGCAACGUCAAGUGCUACAUCCUCAAUCCUGCCCUCAAGCGUGUCCCCAUUGGGGCCACGGGCGAGUUGCACAUUGGAGGGUUGGGUAUUUCAAAGGGAUACCUCAACCGUCCUGAUCUUACACCGACGCGGUUCAUCCCCAACCCCUUCCAGACGAAGCGUGAGAAGCAGCUGGGAGUUAACAGCUUAAUGUACAAGACUGGCGACCUGGCCCGCUGGCUUCCGAACGGUGAAGUUGAAUAUCUGGGACGCGCAGACUUCCAGAUCAAGUUGCGAGGCAUCCGAAUCGAGCCCGGCGAGAUUGAGGCGACGUUGGCUCAGUAUCCCGGCGUCCGGACUAGCUUGCUGGUGUCCAAGAAGCUCCAGAAAGGCACUGAGGAGACCACGAACGAGCACCUCGUGGGUUACUAUGUCUGCGACAACGCCUUGGUAUCCGAGACAGACUUGUUGUCUUUUUUGGAGAAGAAACUGCCUCGAUACAUGAUCCCUACGCGGCUGGUGCAGCUGUCGCAGAUCCCCGUGAACGUGAACGGAAAAGCAGACCUGCGCGCUCUGCCAGCCGUCAAUAUCUACAAAUCCUCCGAGAUUCGUUCCGAUUUCCGAGGCGACAUGGAAUUUGCCCUCGGGCAAAUCUGGGUCGACGUACUGGAAGCCCGCCACGGAUCGAUCUCUCGCAACGACAACUUCUUCCGUCUUGGAGGACACAGCAUCACCUGCAUUCAACUCAUUGCACGCAUCCGAGAGCGACUCUCGGUAAGCAUCUCUGUCGAGGACGUCUUCGCAACAAGGACACUCGAGCGCAUGUCACAUCUUCUGCAGAGCAAACAGCAGGAGGCAUCCGAUGGGCGCUAUGAGAGCGAGCCUGAUGUGCCGUCAGGGCCACUGGAGAUAGAUGCAGCUACCAGUAAGUCCGUCCUGCGAUAUAAUAUCACAAUAUCCCCAGAUCUGUUCCAGAGGGCCUGGAAACACACACAACAGGUCUAUCCGGCGUUGAGGCUUCGAUUCGAGUGGGGAAAGGAGGUCUUACAGGUGAUCGACAAGGAUCAACUGCUGGAUUUGCGUUUCAUUUGCUUUGCCAACGUGCCUGCGGGCGCUGUCGAGGAUCAGAAAUUGGCCGACUUGCAGCGCCAGGACCGCGAGGAGUCCUACAAACUAGAUGCCGGUAGGUUGUUCCGCAUCUAUCUGAUACAACACAGCGAGACUCGUUUCACAUGUCUCUUCAGCUGCCACCACGCAAUCCUUGAUGGCUGGAGUCUGCCACUUCUCUUCGAGAUGGUCCAUGACACUUACCUGCAACUGCUCCAUGGGAACAAUAUCGCCCCGCCCGCGGAUGACCCUUACGCUCGCACCCAACAGUAUCUCCAAGCACACCGUGAAGAUCACCUGGAUUAUUGGGCCGAGGUGGUUGAGAGGAUCGCCGAGCGGUGUGAUAUGAAUGCCUUGUUGAACGAGCGUAGUCGCUACAAAGUCCAACUAGGGGACUAUGACCAGGUACAGGACCAGAGACAGCUGACAGUGACCCUCUCCGGAGAUACAUGGCUAGGAGAACUCCGUCAGGCCUGCUCCGCCCAAGGCAUUACCUUACAUUCGAUCCUCCAGUUUGUUUGGCACGCCGUGCUUCACGCUUAUGGAGGCGGCAGUCAUACCAUCACCGGCACGACCAUCUCUGGAAGAAACCUGCCCAUUAGCGGAAUUGAACGAUCCGUUGGGCUUUAUAUCAAUACGCUGCCGUUGGUAAUCGAUCAUUCAUCAUACAAGGACAAGACUAUCAUGGAGGCCAUCGAGGAUGUGCAGGCUAAGGUAAACGCGAUGAACAGCCGCGGCAAUGCGGAACUGGGCCAUCUCCGCAAAAGCGACUUGAAGCACGGAUUAUUUGACUCCUUAUUCGUGCUUGAGAACUACCCAAACCUAGACAAGUCGCGAGUUUUACAGCACCAAAGCCAACUGCAAUAUUCAAUCGAAGGAGGUACUGAGAAGCUGGAUUAUCCGCUGGCUGUCAUCGCGCGUGAAGUUGAGGCGACUGGUGGAGUCACUCUGUCCAUCUGCUACGCUAGUGAGCUGUUUGAGGAGGUGACCAUCUCUGAGCUGCUUCGUAUGAUCCAUGACACUCUGAUGCGGGUUGCGCAAGGCUUGAAUGAUCCUGUCCACAGCCUAGAGUAUCUCUCAUCUGCCCAACUGGAGCAUCUCGCUGCAUGGAAUGCCACAGAAGCGGAGUUUCCCGACACCACGCUGCAUGAGAUGUUUGAGGUUGAAGCGAAUAAGAAGCCCGAGAAAACAGCGGUCAUCUAUGAGGAGCAGGCCCUAACCUAUCGCGAGCUAAAUGAGCGGGCGAACCGUAUGGCACAUAGACUAAGAUCCGACCUCAGCCCGAAGCCCAAUGAUGUCAUUGCCCUCAUAAUGGACAAGAGUGAGCAUAUGUUCGUCAAUAUAUUGUCCGUGUGGAAGAGCGGAGGUGCUUAUGUUCCAAUUGACCCCGGAUAUCCCGACGACCGCAUCCAAUAUAUCCUGGGGGACACCCGGGCCAUCGCUAUCAUUGCGGACUCCUGCUAUAUGCCUCGUAUCAAGGGAAUGGCUGCGCCGGAAAUGCUCCUUUAUCCAUCUGACCUGACAGCCACUCCGAAUCCAAAGUACAGUGCAUCAAACCCUUCACCGUUAAGUCGGAGCACAGACCUGGCCUAUAUCAUCUAUACAUCUGGCACGACAGGACGGCCCAAGGGCGUCGCAUUGGAGCAUCAUGGAGUGGUCAACCUGCAGGUGUCGCUGUCCAAACUAUUUGGCCUGCGGAGUACCGACGACGAGGUGAUACUUUCUUUUUCUAACUAUGUAUUCGACCAUUUUGUGGAGCAGAUGACGGACGCUAUUCUCAACGGCCAAACACUACUGGUGCUCAAUGAUGAAAUGCGCGGAGACAAAGAGAGACUAUAUCGAUAUAUUGAGAAGAACCGGGUGACCUACCUGUCUGGCACGCCAUCGGUGGUUUCAAUGUACGAGUUCGGCCGGUUUAAGGAGCAUCUCCGCCGUGUAGACUGCGUCGGAGAGGCGUUCAGCGAACCGGUCUUCGACAAGAUCCGCGAAACGUUCCAUGGCCUCGUCAUCAACGGCUAUGGCCCGACAGAGGUCUCUAUCACCACCCAUAAACGUCUUUACCCGUUCCCAGAGCGGCGCACGGACAAGAGUAUCGGCCAGCAGGUCCAUAAUAGCACGAGUUAUGUGCUGAACGAGGACAUGAAGCGUGUUCCCAUCGGGGCUGUCGGCGAGCUCUACCUCGGUGGUCAAGGUGUGGCACGAGGUUAUCACAAUCGCCCAGAUGUAACCGCGGAGCGAUUCAUUCCCAAUCCAUUUCAGACAGAAGAGGAAAGGAAAACAGGCCGUAACUCUCGUCUCUACAAGACGGGCGAUCUGGUACGCUGGAUCCCAGGAAGCAACGGUGAGAUUGAGUAUCUGGGCCGCAAUGACUUCCAGGUCAAGAUUCGCGGAUUGCGCAUCGAACUGGGUGAGAUCGAGGCCAUCCUGUCGUCAUACCCUGAUAUCAAACAGUCCGUGGUAAUUGCAAAGGACCGCAAAGAAGGAGGGCAGAAGUUCCUCGUUGGCUACUACGUCGCCGAUGCAACGUUGUCGUCCGCCGCUAUUCGGCGCUUCAUGCAGUCUCGGCUACCUGGCUACAUGGUACCAUCUCGCCUCAUACCAAUCGGCAAACUCCCCGUCUCUCCCAGUGGUAAGUUGGAUACCAAGGCUUUGCCCUUCGCAGAGGAAGAGAGCGAGAGUGACGUGGUGCCGCCGCGCAAUGAAGUGGAACGCACCCUGUGUGACAUCUGGGCGGAACUGCUUGAGAUAUACCCAGAGGAGAUUGGCAUCUACAGCGAUUUCUUCAGCUUGGGAGGUGACAGUCUCAAGAGCACGAAGCUUUCAUUCAUGGUCCACGAGACCUUCAACCGCGCUGUCUCGGUCAGCACCCUUUUCCGUCAUCGAACAGUCGAGGCUCUGGCACAACUAAUCAUAAACAAUGCUGUGGAUGUGCAUGAAAUCACUCCAAUUGAAUACAAUGAGGGGCAGAUGAUUCCUGUGUCCGGCGCCCAAGAGCGACUUCUCUUCAUCCAUGAGUUUGAGAAUGGCAGUAAUGCCUACAACAUCGACAUCGCCUAUAGAUUGCCUGGCUCGGUUGAUCCCUCGGAUAUUCUACAGGCGCUGCGUGGAAUCCUUUCUCGACAUGAGGCGCUGAGAACGUUACUUGUCAAGGACGACACAACCGGCGGCUAUUUUCAGAAAAUAUUGAGCUCCGAUUGCGCCCAGCGCAUGUUCUCUAUUAGGGUGGACAGAAUCAAGGCCAUGGAGCAAUUAGACCAAGAAAUAGCAUGUCUAUCCCAGCACGUUUUCCGCUUGGGUGAUGAACUGCCUUGGCAAGCCCGUAUCCUUAGACAUCAAUCAGACAGCUUGUACGUCAUCCUAACAUUCCACCAUACCAGCUUCGACGCAUGGUCGUUAAGUGUGUUUGAGCGAGAACUUCAAGCCUUAUACGCGGUCCUCAAAACAAAGAGUGCAGCGAGCCUGCCCACAAUCAGAGUACAGUAUAAGGAUUACGCCCAGUACCAUCGUCAGCAGCUGUCGGGGAGUCGCCGUAGCCUAUCAGACUUUUGGCUGCAAAAGCUCAGUGGCUUGGAGUCAUUGCAGCUGAUCACGGACCGUCCACGACCGGGGCAUUUCGACUAUAACGGCGACAAUCUCAGUAUCGAACUGAAUCAAAAAGAGACACAGAACCUGAGAGAGGUUGCCAAACAUUGCAGGUCUAGCCUGUACGUCGUCUUACUAUCCGCUUACUACGUGAUGCUUGCCUCGUACGCGAACCAGACGGAUAUCGCAGUGGGUAUCCCAAUCAGCCACCGAACACAUCCGCAAUUCCAAUCCAUCAUUGGAUUCUUCGUCAACCUCGUCGUGCUCAGGGUGGAUGUGUCUCAGUGCGCCAUUGGCGGCCUCAUUAGAAUGGUAAUGAGAGAGCUCGUCCAAGCACAGUUACACCAAGACAUGCCGUUCCAGGAGGUGACGAAGUUGUUGCGGGUAGUUAACGAUGCCAGUCGGCAUCCGUUAGUACAGGCUGUUUUCAACUUCGAAGCCCGUCCGGAUGAAGAACACGAUCCUGGGUCUCAGGAUGAGGGGGCAAUUCAAUUUACUCAAUACCGGCCCAUUCAGCCCCUGGAUUCAGUUGCGAAAUUCGAUCUGAAUGCAACGGUCACUGAAUUGGAGUCGGGGUUGAGGAUUAACUUCAACUACGCCACCAGUCUGUUCAACAAGAGCACCAUUGAGGGCUUUUUGCGUACCUACGAAUAUCUCCUUUACCAGCUGUCAGAGCUAAGUGCAGAAGGAAUCAAAGACGAUACGCAGCUGUUGUUGGUUCGUCCGCGAGAAAAUGGUGAUGCCCAUCUACCAUUGGUACAGUCCCCACUUGCAAUGCCUGCUGAGGAGCAGAACGCAGCGUCUCUCAGCCAGGCCUUCGAGCACCAAGCUUCCCUAUCCCCAGGGAAGAUUGCUAUCGCUCAAGGAGAUAUAGUACUCACCUAUGCCGACCUCAACAAGCGGGCUAACCAGCUAUCACGGUACAUGUUAUCCAUCUCCUCCAUUGGAGUGGAAGAGCGAGUAGCUCUGAUGCUAGACAAGAGCAUUGAGACAAUCGUCUGCAUUCUGGCGAUAUGGAAGGCCGGUGCAGCAUAUGUGCCCUUGGAUCCAACUAACCCGACGGAGCGCGUCCGGCUGAUCCUGGAGAAGACCCAGGCGAAAGCUGUUCUAGCGAACUCCCACUAUGCCUCUAAAUGUGAAUACAUGGGCGCAAAGGUGAUAUCAAUCGACUCGGCCGCCGUCGAGACCGAGGUCAGCCAACAGGCAAGCUCCGACUUGCCUACAGUUGCCGGCCUGGACAAUCUAGCGUACAUAAUCUUUACUUCAGGAACUUCCGGCAAUCCCAAGGGCGUUCUGGUCGAGCAGAAGGGUGUUCUACUGUUGCGAGAUGCCCUCCGGGAACGGUAUUUCGGCAGUGACUGCACCAAGCAUCAUUCCGUGCUUUUCCUUUCUAACUAUGUCUUCGAUUUCUCUGUAGAGCAGCUUGUGUUAUCGGUGCUCAGCGGACACAAGUUGAUCAUUCCUCCGGCAGAGUUGGUCGUCGAUGAAGAAUUCUAUAGGAUGGUCAACACUCACGAUCUCUCGUAUCUCAGUGGAACCCCAUCCUUGCUGCAGCAGAUCGACCUGGCACAGAUACACAACUUGCAGUUCGUGACUGCAGCAGGUGAGGUGCUUCAUGCCACGCAGUAUGAGAAGAUGCGCUGCAGAUUUGGCGGUACGAUCUACAAUGCUUACGGCAUCACCGAGACCACGGUAUACAACAUUAUCACAGAAUUCACUGCGAAAGCGAAUUUUGAAAAUGCUAUACGCGACGUGCUUCCCGGCACCCGAGCCUAUCUGCUUAACAAGGCACUUCAGCCCGUCCCAUUUGAUGCAGUUGGAGAGCUCUAUCUGGCUGGUGACUGCGUUGCACGUGGCUAUCUCAAUGAACCUCAUCUAACAGAUCAGCGCUUCCUUCCCAACCCUUUCCGGAACCAGGAGGACGUUGCCACUGGGCGUUUCUCGCGGCUCUACAAGACCGGCGACCUACUUCGAUGUCGGUUCAGCCAUCAACAGCAGCCACAGUUGGAAUACCUAGGAAGAGAGGAUCUGCAGGUCAAGAUGAGAGGAUACCGGAUCGAACUUUCUGAAGUGCAGAAUACGCUUGCCUCCAGUCCUGGUGUCCGCGAGUGUGCAAUCGUUGCCAAGUAUGACAAGGACGAUGGUUAUUCACGGAUCGCGCAGUCCCUAGUCGGCUACUAUACCGCCGACAACGAAGCAGUGUCGGAAGCCAACAUUCUCACCUCCAUGAAAGCCAGGCUUCCAACAUACAUGGUGCCCAGCCACCUCUGCCGUCUGGAGGGUGCACUUCCUGUGACUAUUAACGGAAAACUUGACAUCAAGAGACUGCCGGAAAUUGAUAACGCAUCAGCGACGUUAUCAUACAGCCCGCCGAGGAACAUACUAGAGGCUAGGGUAUGCAAGCUGUGGGAAUCCGUCUUGGGUAUAGAACGAUGCGGCAUCGACAAUGACCUGUUCAAACUGGGCGGUGACAGCAUUAUGUCAUUGCACCUUGUGGCCCAGAUUCACAAUCAGAUCGGUCGCAAGGUCACGGUCCGAGAUAUUUUUGAGCAUCGUACCAUUCGAGGCCUCCAUGAUCACGUUUUCAUGAAGAACACAGAUCCGAGUGUUGUGGCCCAGUUCCGUAGCGAACAAGGGCUGGUGGUUGGUGAGGCGCCCCUACUGCCGAUUCAGAAUUGGUUCCUGUCCAAGCCACUGCAGCAUUCGAGCCAUUGGAAUCAUACUUUCCACAUCCGAACUCCAGAGCUGGAUGUUGCUUCGCUAAAAGCUGCCAUCAGCAAAUUGCAACAGUAUCACGACGCUUUCCGCAUGCGAUUGAAGCGCAAGGAUAAUAAAUUUGUACAGGUCUUUCUUGAGGAUGCUUCUCCUGUCCAGCUUCGAGUGCUAAACAUGAAGGAUGUUGACGGACCUACGGCUGUUAAUCAAACACUGCGCGAGUGGCAGUCGGGCUUUGACCUUGAGAACGGACCGAUCUGCGCCAUAGGCUACCUGCAUGGGUACGAAGACCGAUCCGCGCGGGUAUGGUUCUCCAUCCAUCACAUCGCCGUCGACACUGUCAGCUGGCAAAUCCUGGUCCGUGACUUGCAGAUGCUUUAUCAAAAGGGAAGCCUGGGGUGCAAGGGCAGCAGCAUCCGGCAGUGGUCUGAAGCGAUACAGAAUUACCAACCUUCAAAGUCUGAAUUGGAUCACUGGAACGAUCUCAUUGCGCAAACAACUUCCAGCAUCUCUGCGCUUCCUGCAUCGACGGGUUCCCGCGUACGUCUGACUAGGAAUUUGGACACUGAGAAGACAGCUUUGCUGCUCCAAAUUGGUAGAAAUCGAUGUGAGGUCUCUGUGUACGAUUCUCUACUUGGUGCAGUUGGAUUAGCACUCCAAAAUAUCUCUCCAACCGGCCCAAAUAUGGUCACCAUCGAGGGACAUGGGCGCGAGGAGGAUAUUGACCAUACACUGGAUGUCAGCCGCACCAUGGGUUGGUUUACCAGUAUGUAUCCGUUUGAGAUCCCCCAUCUCAGAACCGAGAAUCUCGUUCAGGAUGUGGCCGCUAUAAAUGAACGGUUCAGGCAAGUCCCUGCUCGAGGCAUUGGGUAUGGAGCGUUGUACGGCUAUACCCGACACCCGUUGCCUCAGAUUACCGUCAACUACCUAGGUCAUCUCGCUCGCAAAAAGUCGAAACCAGACAAAUGGGUUCUCGCUGUGGGCGAUGAUAAACUCGAUUAUGGACUCAUAACCAGCCUAGAAGACAAGGACAAGAGCUCAUCCGCUGUUGACGUCACAGCCGUGUGUAUUGAUGGUACUAUGGUAGUCGACAUAGACAGUGCGUGGAGCCUUGAUCAGAGUGAAGAAUUUAUCUCGGACAUCGAAGAAGGACUGAACAGAAUCAUCGACAGUGCGGCAAGCCAAGAAACCGCGUCAUCCCCAGUGAAUCCUCAGUUAACCGAGGAGACGUACACGCCAUAUUUCGAGUAUCUGGAGCCGUCACGACAGGGCCCAACGCUGUUCCUGCUACCCCCAGGCGAAGGAGGUGCCGAAAGCUACUUCAACAACAUCGUCAAACACCUACCUGGGACAAACAUGGUCGCCUUUAACAAUUACUACUUGCACAGCAAACGCCUACGCACAUUUGAGGAGCUGGCGGGAAUGUAUAUUGAGCACGUACGCGGCAUUCAACCACAUGGACCGUACCACUUCAUUGGGUGGAGUUUUGGAGGAAUUCUCGCAAUGGAGAUGUCCCGGCGGCUGGCAGCAUCGGGCGAAAAGAUUGGCCUCCUUGGUAUUAUCGACACCUAUUUCAAUGUGCACGGAGCGACACAUAGCAUUGGCCUAGGAGACGCCAAGAUCCUAGACCCUAUCCACCACAUCUACCGCCCCGAUCCGGCAAAUUUCAAAGGCCUCCCAUCUGCCACGGAUCAUAUCGUGCUGUUCAAAGCCAUGAAAACGAAUGAUCAGUAUGAAUCGGAGAAUCAGCGUCGCCUGUACGAGUACUACGACGGAACCCCCCUCAACGAUCUGGAAAAAUUGCUGCCAAGCGAUACCGCCGUUCAGCUGGUUCCGCUUACCGACGAUACUCACUUUUCUUGGGCCAGAAAUCCCCAGCAGGUAGACCGGAUGUGUGCGACCAUCAAGGGGGUCGGAAAAUGGAUGCCCUCCACCCUAGACAGCCACCACGAAUGGCUGGGCGGGCUAAUUGCUCACGUCGACAGCAAAGCCGACCACGAGCUUCACCCGGUGAUGAAGGAAUUCCAACAUCUCAUUGAAACUAACACACGGGUCUACCUCCUUAUAGAAGCUAUGUUCACCGAGGUCCCCCGCAACAGAGUCUACGCCACAGAUCCAACCGGAUGCCCGCAAAUCCGAGACUAUAAACAUAUGAUCCGGGUGCUGAAUCAUCUUCUUACGACGGCGCCCUCAUGGAGUGACUUUACCCACCGCGUCGGUCUCGUUGGGUUACCGAUUAAUGCAGUGCUGGACUGGCCUAUGGGCACACCCAGUGGGUACGCUGCGUUCCUAGAUCCAGAGAUCAACGCCAUGAUCAAAAAGAUACUAAACGCCUGGGGCGAGUAUUUGCAUUCACCUGAGUCAGCCCAUGUGCUAGAUGAUUCGCAAUACGGAUGGUUCGGUGAAACGGGGAAAAAUAACCUUGUCACAGUCGCUAAUGUAGGAAAGACGAACUACUCCUUCGAGGAUAUGUUUAUCUGUGACCCCUCUCAGAAAUACCACGGGUACAAAUCAUGGGAUGAUUUCUUUACCCGGGUCUUCCGGCCCGGUAUUCGCCCUGUUGCAUCACCAGACGACGACAACAUAAUUGCCAACGCGUGCGAGUCGCAGCCGUACAAGGUGGCUCGCGACGUCAAGGGAAGAGACAUUUUCUGGAUCAAGAGUCAGCCAUAUUCAGUCUUUGAUAUGCUAGCACAUGAUUCGCUUGCUGAACAGUUCAUCGGCGGAACUGUCUAUCAAGCUUUCCUGAGUGCCUUGAGCUAUCACCGCUGGCAUGCGCCUGUCAGUGGGAAGAUUGUGAAGGCCUACGUUGUUGAUGGGACGUAUUAUUCGGAGCCGCUGUUCGAAGGUCUAGGGGAUCCACAUCCCCAUGAUAUCGAUUCGGUUGGAGAGGUCACGGCCCAGGAGUACAUUACAGCGGUUGCUACGAGGGCAUUGAUCUUUAUCGAAAGUGACAACCCUGCCAUUGGACUAAUGGCUUUCCUUGGCAUCGGAAUGUGCGAAGUUUCGACCUGCCAGAUCACAGUCUCUGAAGGUCAACAUGUCAAAAAAGGAGAUGAACUUGGAAUGUUCCAUUUUGGCGGGUCAACGCAUUGUCUGCUGUUCCGGAAGGGCGUCAAUGUCAAUGAAUUCCCAUCUACGGAGACGGACCAAAACGUCCCUGUCAAGGGCCAGGUUGCUGUUGUAACCCCUUGA